GCAGAAAAACCCUCCUUCAACAUGAAACGAGCCAUUUUAAGCUGCCUGCCUGUCGGCACACGGGCUCUCUAAGGCUUCCAACAAGGGAGACGAUGCCUGCACCAUAGAAGAGAAACGUGCAGGAGGGGGCGUAUUUUAAGAAGCUUCAGGAAAAUGGCCAACAAGCACCUCCGUAGAAGAGAACCGCUAUUAGAAGUCUGGAAAUCGCUCUCUACAGCAGCACCUCCAAACGCUUCCAUGAACAGCAGAAAGGCAAACACCAGAAUGAGGGUUCCAAGAGCAGAGAAAGCUCUGCCAGCAGCUGGGCUCCCCCAACACAAACCCGGAGGAGCCCUGGUCGUUACGGCCCCCCCUGAGCUCCCCAAAACACACACGGAGCCCAGCGACGGGAGCUGGAUCGCAGCACUGAUAAUUGGCAUCAUUUUGAUUAGUAUGAUAAUGGCUAUUGUUGUAAUUCUCCUGUGGAAAUGCCGCAAGAGGCCAGUGGUUGAUUCAAACUGGGCAGGUCGUUCUCCAUUUGCAGAUGGAGACACACCAGAUGCCUUUAUGGACUCCGACCAGGCUCCCAAACGCUCAUCGGUUCUAUUUAUGUUACCUUGGAAAUGGAAAGCAGACUCAGCCGUGCAGGAAGAUCCCACCGCGCCGGAGCAACCGUCCCCCUGCGCCGCCAGCGAUGACCAGGGCCAGUUGUCUCCACCAGGUGCAGACGGCUCCGUGAGCGGCGUUUCCAACCCGGACACCUCUCCAGCUCCCACCACCCAGGCAGCAAGUGCUGCAGAGGACUCCUGUCCUCACCCAGGGGCUUCAGCCGACCCCCCGGAUCUGCCACCUCCCCCUGACUGGCUGAGGGAACCAGCUGGGGAUCAGAGUCCAGGUGGCACCAAGCACCAGGAAUUGUCCUCGGGACCGGAGGAACCGCUGCCCCCACCACCCGAGUCACUGAUUGAGGAGAUUGAGGAACCACCAGCCCAGCUGCCGCAGCCACAACACCCUCCGGAGCCCGCCCAAGCCGACGGCCAGCACGCUUCACAUUUGUCUUAAAUGAAGUAUUCUUCCAAUAAAUGACAAAAGGGGAAGCUGGGGCAGGCGAGAAGGGCGAGACCGCAGCACAGGCGUCUCCCCAGCCUUUCUGCCUUGGCUUUCACAAAGGGGAACAACCCGCUUCUGCCUCAACCAAACCAUUUCAAAAUAUAAUACGGAUUGCACCCAGUAGCUACUGCCACCAGCGAGUCCAGAAAACAGAGUAUGUGUACCGUGUGUGCCUAUACACACACACACAUAUAUAUAUCUAUAUGUAACGUACAUAGCCAUGGAGCUUUCAAGAACCAGUACAGCCCUAGAGGUAUUCUGAGCUUCUCAAAAUUGUUUUUUCUACUAGGCUGUAAAGAAAAUGCAAUGAA